CCACCCAGGCACCUGGGGAGUCUUAGCUUUUGAGUAAAUGUCACAAUUUCCACUCCUUUAACACACGUUUAAGUCUCAACCACCUAACAGCGCUGCCGGGAACCGCCCAGAGAUGUCUAUUCCACCACCCAGGACAACACAACCUAAGCUCUAACUCGAAAUUUCCCUAACAGGAAUAAAGGUUGGAAAUGGCAUUUCCAGUGUGUUCCCUAGAACGAACUUCCGCCCAGCCAGUACAAACGUAGAGAGACAUCCUUAGGUGAGACCUACUCAAAAUUAAGAAAAGGCAUCCUACGUCUGUCUGACUUCUUAAUGAGACCAUUUUAUUUUUGUUGAUUUUAGAGAAGAGACCGAGAUUUUAAAAAAAAAAAAAAAAAAAAAAAAGCCGGUAGGCGGAAAAAACAACCAGUUAUUAUGACAACCAAACGGGUCUGGAAAAUUCAGCCAAUCCACCUGCGGGAAUGCCUCCUGCGUAGCCAAUAGGAAGAGCGCGUCGUACGUAAGGCCGCCCAAUGGGGGCGCGAGCAGCGCGGUAUUUGAAUCCCGUAACAAGGAGACAUUGCGAAGAUCCUAAGCAGAGCAGGCUGGAGUGCAGAGCUAACGGCGCCGCGGAAGCUUCUGUCCACCAUCUCCAGUCCUCGUCCCUCCCUGGGUCGGGCUGGCACUCUUGCCUGUCCCUUCCCCCAUGGCGCUACUCCGACGCCCGACGGUGUCCACUGAUUUGGAGAAUGUAGACACGGGAGUUAAUUCUAAAGCUAAGAGUCAUGUGACAAUGAGGCGGGCAGUUUUAGAAGAAAUUGGAAAUAGAGUUACGACCAGACCUCCACACAUAGCUAAGAAAACUCAGAACACCAAAAUACCUGUUCAACCCGCCAAAACAAAUGUCAACAAACAACUGAAACCCACUGCUUCCGUGAAACCAGUACAGAUGGAAAUGUUGGCUCCAAAGGGUCCUGCUUCCCCAGCGGAGGAUAUCUCCAUGAAGGAAGAGAACCUCUGCCAAGCUUUCUCUGAUGCCUUGCUCUGCAAAAUCGAGGAUAUUGAUAAUGAGGACUGGGAGAACCCUCAGCUUUGCAGCGACUACGUUAAGGAUAUCUACCAGUAUCUAAGGCAGCUUGAGGUUCUGCAGUCCAUAAAUCCACGCUUCCUAGAUGGAAGGGAGAUAAACGGACGCAUGCGCGCCAUCCUGGUGGACUGGCUGGUGCAAGUCCACUCCAAGUUUAGGCUGCUGCAGGAGACCCUGUACAUGUGCGUCGCCAUCAUGGAUCGAUUUUUACAGGUUCAACCGGUUUCCCGUAAGAAGCUUCAACUGGUUGGGAUUACGGCUCUGCUCUUGGCUUCCAAAUAUGAAGAGAUGUUUUCUCCUAAUAUCGAAGACUUUGUUUACAUCACAGACAAUGCUUAUACAAGCUCCCAAAUCCGAGAAAUGGAAACAUUGAUUUUGAAAGAACUGAAAUUUGAGUUGGGUCGACCUUUGCCACUGCACUUCUUAAGGCGGGCCUCAAAAGCUGGGGAGGUUGAUGUGGAACAGCAUACUUUAGCCAAAUACCUGAUGGAGCUGACUCUCAUUGACUAUGACAUGGUGCAUUAUCACCCUUCGAAGGUGGCAGCGGCUGCAUCCUGCCUGUCCCAGAAAGUUAUAGGCCAAGGAAAAUGGAACUUAAAACAGCAGUAUUACACUGGAUACACAGAGAAUGAAGUAUUGGAAGUCAUGCAGCACAUGGCCAAAAAUGUCGUGAAAGUUAACGAAAACUUAACGAAAUUCAUCGCCAUCAAGAAUAAGUAUGCAAGCAGCAAACUCCUGAAGAUCAGCACGAUUCCUCAGCUGAACUCAAAAGCCAUCCAAGAGCUUGCGUCCCCUCUGAUGGGACGGUCCUAAGCUGCCAUGGCCCUCGGGGAAGAGUGCUUCAUUUGUGUGCUUUGACUUGCUGAUUUGGAACUCUUCACUUUGUACAUAGUCGUCUGGUCUAUUUCAUGAAACCUUUUCUUAGACCUAUUUUCUAAAUGUAUAUUGAGGAAAAAUAAAGCUAUUAAUUUUUCUUCAGGUA